AUGACGUCAACCGCAAAUACAGCAGGAUCUACUGCAGCAGCUUCACUCCUGCAACUAAAUGACGAUGUCUUGGCUUUAAUCGUUCGACAAGUAAAUGUUUACCAGCAAUAUGAGAUCGGUAGAAUGAAUCGUCGCUUGGAGAGUAUAGUCCAAAUGCUCUGGAGGACCCGGGUUCGCAGUGUUGCCCUCCAGGAUGAGAUGUUCCGUCGAUCUGCACCCAACUCUCGGCAGUUUUUGGCCUUUAUCCUCGCCUUGGCUCCAUACAUGCAACGUCUGAGCUGCCAGCAGUUGGAUGUUCGUCGUCUGCGAGUCCUGAGCAGCCACACCUUGGAGGGGAUCACCUCACUGGAGUGGCUGGGCGAUGGGAAUCGACGGGGACGUGUUCGCUUCGUGGACGAGGAUGUGCGACUGCUACGACGAGUAUUUCCCAAUUUAAGAAGGCUCAAGCUAAGGAGCUGCCAAAUCACUGGAAAGUACCUGUGCGAUCUGGAGUUUCUCAACGAACUCUGCCUGGAUGACUGCCAGUUUCUGGAGUCGCAGCACUUCAGAGAUCUUUUCGGCAGCUGCGCUGCGCAAUUUGAUAUUAUGGAGGAUUGCGAUGAGGUGAACUGCUGUGAUCUUGCUGACUUAAAUCUGUGUCCGACAUUGGAGCACAUUAAAAUUGCCGAUUAUCAUCUGUGUAUGGAGUCUGAUAUUACGCAGCAGCUCCUACGCCUGCCACGUCUUCAAAAGUUGUCGAUAUACUCCAAGAACUUUGUCUUCGGUCUGUCACGCAUAGCGCGUCCCAGUAAUCCACCUGCAGCAGGCAGACCCAUCGAGGGCUUUCGCUUCAGCGGCAUCCUACACGAUCAUGAACGAUUUUUCCGUGAGCUAGGUAACCUUCGUCAGCUGAAACGGUUGGAGCUACAUGGUCAGGUGGAGCAGGAGGAAGGCGGCCAGCUGCAGUGCCUGGAGGAUCGGAUGCUGCGACAACUUGCCAGUCAACUUCCCGAGUUAAGCGAGCUCCGUCUGUGUGGUUAUCAGCUGGAAAGUCCUUUGGGCCUGUUGGAAUUCGUGAUUAAUUGUCGGCAGUUAAGAAUCUUGGAUAUCACACGUACCCGAUGCCACGGAGAGGCCUGUUGGAGCUGCCUCGGGAUUCUGGUCAAGCAGAGAUGGCGCAGCCAGCCUCUAGAGCUAUGGAUCCGUCAUAGUGACAUCAAGGAGGAGAUAGUCCAAAGUUCACGGUGCCUGGACAAUGUGAAUCUAAUCAAGAUCGAUGCGAAGAAGAUUGGACCCAGUAUGGACUGCUUCUCUGGCGUACUUAAGUUCAGCUUUUCCCGGUGA